AGCUUUAUGGCAUUAUCAGCUUCCUCUUAACCGACGAGAAGCAGUUUUCCAUUUUGUGGACUGUCGAAUGUUUUAGUUUACACUGUUAUAUAAUUUUGUCUUCGCUAGGGGUUGUUGGUGGCGUAUUCUUCGUUAGUCGUAGAUAACCUAGCAUUUGGAGCGGAAUGGCGGACUCGAGCGCCAGGUACCAGCAGCUGCCCAACGAGGAGGACACAGAUGAGAGUCCCCAGCCUGCAGCCGACGCUCCCCCCCCAUACAGCAGCGUCUCCGUGGACAGUCCUGCCUACUUUGACUACAAGGAAGACGGGGAUUUCCCCAAGCCUCCGUCCUACAACGUAGCGACCACGCUACCUUCCUAUGAUGAAGCAGAAAGAACCAAAGCUGAGACCUCUGCUCCCCUGGCAACUGGAAGAGAUGAAGACUUUGUCAUCAGAGAGGAUUUCGAUGACGCCGAUCAACUGAGGAUAGGAAACGACGGCAUCUUCAUGCUCACGUUCUUCAUGGCCUUCCUCUUCAACUGGAUCGGCUUCUUCCUGUCUUUCUGUCUGACCACUUCGGCGGCCGGACGCUACGGGGCCAUCUCCGGCUUCGGGCUCUCCCUCAUCAAAUGGAUCCUCAUCGUCCGGUUCUCCACGUACUUCCCGGGUUACUUUGAUGGACAGUACUGGCUGUGGUGGGUGUUCCUGGUGUCUGGCAUCUUGCUCUUCCUCCGCGGAUUCAUCAACUACGCCAGGAUCCGCAAGAUGGCCGACACUUUCUCCACUCUGCCCCGCACCCGGGUCCUAUUCAUCUACUGAGCCGUCAAACGACCAGUAUUUGUUGUUUUUCAUGUCUCUUUUAAAACCAUGAAACAAACUCUUGACAUUUUGCAGUCAGAAAGGGCGAGGAGUGUAUUUAGAUUUUUCUUUUUUCCCCCAUCGAAACAAGUUGAACAGUUGAACAAGUUUUUUUUUUUUUUUUUUUUUUUUUUUUUUUUGCUAUAAAACUGAGGGCACAGAAUUUUCUCCAGCACUGAAGCAUAAGUGCUUUCUGUAAUUAUGAAAUUUGAAACGUCUGAAUGAACGCCUUACUGUUUGGUUUAUAGUUGUUCUGCCUUUUAGCCACCAGAGGGCAGUGUUGUAUGCGCCGUGUAUUUCUCCCAACUCGUUGCUCUUUUGUGCGGAAGAGGCCGAUUGUCAGAUCAGGGCUUGGUGGUUGAUUUUUUUUGAUUUACUCAACAUGACAUGAUGCUUUUCUAUUAAACGUGCUUCGAUCUUCCUCGACCAAUGCUGUUUGUCGCUAACAAAAUAAUAAACAAUGCAGUGGAUGUAAGGGGUAAUGUUAACGUUUGUUUUUAUUCAAAUUUUUUUUAUUUGUUUUUAGUUCAGCUGCUAAGAGGACCUUUAAAAAAAUAAAAAUAGUAGGCCAGUGGCCUCAUUUUACUAUAAAGAUUUUUUUCCCCCAUGCAUUCACAAGUCAUCCAUAUAUUUUUAUCUUAUUUCCUGCUGAGAUGUUUUAAGUUGAUCACAGAUAAAGCGUUUUUGGAUAUGUUUAUACUUGUUCUCUGCAUUUAGACGUGCAAUGUGACCUUUUAAGCUAAUAAAUAAUUCCCCACA